AUGAAAGGUUUACAGGCAAAGGCAGGAUCAAUAGGCCGCUGGUGUGGGAGAAAGGAUUUCUUGAGACGAACUCGAUUAAAUGCCAAAAAAGUAGUCGCUCCUAUCGAUUCAUCUCUUGUACUGCGGGAUAUUCACGAACUCGACAAUAAAUGCGACAGAGCGUUUCACCCAUUUUCAAGACUUCCAAUUGAGCUACGUCUAGAGAUAUGGCGGAUGAGUUGGGGAAGUCGUAAUAUUGGAAUUGUCACGAAAUUUAAUUACCGUCCAGAUAGUGAAUACAGCAUGCGUCUAGACGUCACUGAACUGAAAACUUCCACUUUACCACCAUCGACGGUAUCUGUCAAUCGAGAAAGUCGAGCAGAAACCUUGCUACACUAUAGGCCAUUGGCCCUUGGACCUCUAGCCUAUAAAUAUGUAGUCUCGGAAUUUUACUUCGAUUAUGAGCUCGAUACAAUAGCCAUUUAUAUAGUCGCUGUCACCGGAAACCCAGGUGGACUUUAUCGAACUGAUGCCGGAUUUGUAAGCCACUUCUUGGACACGGCAACUGCAUUACGGGGUAUCAGGUCAUUAAUUAUGAUUCCAGUGAAUGAAUACGGCUACUACAUAAUCUCUUUUGGAGACCAUGAAAUUCACACCAAUCAUCAGUCUGCUUACUCUUACCUAUCGGAGUUGAUUCUUCUAGCCGAUUCAUCUCUCGAGGGGGUUGCUUAUGAUCAUUAUGCACCAAACGCUCCGAACGAUCUGACUCCUAUAGGGUAUACACCAAUCAUUUCGAGCCAUUCAAGCCCUCCUGGACAUCUAAUGGUUAUACCAGAUGUGCUCGCAAUCCCUGGUCAUGUGCAAAAUGAAAAGGCCUCGUAUGAACUUUUUCGCUGA